AAAAAUAUCUCUAUAAGCGCCACCCACUAACGCUAUGCUGAAGCUGAUAUUAGUUGUAGGAAAAUAGUUUGUCCGUCAGUCAGAGAGCUCUUAACAAAUACCGAGUAUUGUCUCCAUCAGGAGAGUUUUCUGGAUUUAUAUUUUUUUACUCGUCUCUCACCUUUACACACACACUUGUUGGACAUGGGAUUCCUCCUGACCAAGAUGAUGGCUGUGUUCGGCGACAGAGAGCACAAAGUCGUCAUUGUGGGCUUGGACAAUGCUGGGAAGACAACAAUCCUCUACCAAUUCCUGACGAAGGAAGCCGUCCACACAUCGCCAACCAUUGGCAGCAACGUUGAGCAGAUCACAGUACGAAACACUCAGUUUUUGGUUUGGGAUAUCGGAGGCCAGGAGAGCCUUCGAGCCAGCUGGUAUUCAUACUACAGUAACACAGAGAUUGUCAUUCUGGUUGUGGACAGCACUGACCGGGAGCGACUGACUGUCACUAAAGAAGAACUGCAUCGAAUGCUCGCACAUGAGGACUUGCAGAAUGCCGCCAUUCUCAUUAUGGCCAACAAACAAGACAUGAAGGGCUCACUAACAGCGGCAGAGAUCUCCCAGUGCCUCACACUUGACACCAUCACAACACACUCCUGGCAUGUCCAAGCCUGCUGCGCCCUGACAGGAGAAGGUCUACCUGCCAGUCUGGACUGGAUGAAGUCUCACGUUGUUGCAAACUGAAGAGCCAUCCAGUGGAUCAUACUUCCUCAAACUGUCCCAACCUCUUUGGCACUGCAGAGGCCACGAUGGCGUCUGUGAUAGAGCCCGCCUCGCCACACCUACAGUAUGUCUUACUCAAGCUGUGUUAGAGUCUGCAAGGAGCUGCCCCACGUCUGGAGUCCCGGGACGACAUCUGGAUAAUCUUAGGGGUGGGAACGUACACCACCCUGAUACCAGUAAAAUAGGACUCCAGGUGUUUUGUACUCUUCAAAAACUGCUCGGUGGUUUGAUUAUAUUGUAAUAAUCUGGUUAACUGGCGAAGUUUUUCUCAGUUGUGGUUUUAAAGACGUGCACAGUAAGAAAGUCUUUCAUGUGCUUUUACUGUAAGCUUCCUUAAGUGUGGAGGUGCACCACGUAAGAGAUCCUACCUGACCAGUAAGGUCACAUUCCUUUUUGCCUUCAUUAUCUUUCAUUUAAUUGUCGUCACUAAGCUAGGACAAUACUUUAUUAAUUGAAUGAAAGUAUCAGACAUUCAUUAAUUACUAGAACUGAACAAGUAGCUUGUUACAAAAUAAUCUUGAGGGCAUCUAAGCAAUUAUGAGCAAGGCAGAGCAUAUAUUUUAUGGGUAAAGUUUGAUUGAGUCAUCACAUUCUUUAUUUCUCUUGUUCUACACGGUGACCUUUUAAUCAUGAUCUCAUUUUGACCUUUGAUAUGUAACUCCUGUCACUGACUACUCCUAGUAUGCCUGUACUAUCGUGUAUCUGGUGCAACCAAGUUAAGUACCUUGCUAGUUACAAAACAGCUUUUCAAUGACAAACUAAGUUUAAUAGCUGCCUAGUAUUAAGCCGUAGGGAAAGACUUUUACAGUAGGAAGGAAAUGUAAGCACAUACUGUAGCUCCUGUGGCCUCCUCUACUCAGAAACUCUGCAGUGGUAAAACCUGCACCUCAUGUAUAAAAUUAGAUUUUAUGCCAGUGAACAACAGCAUUUUUGUGAGACCUAAAGAUGUAUAGUAAUGUUUUUUUUACAAAAAAAGCUUGAACUUGAAUUAUUUACUGUAUAUUACAGCAAUUUCCUGAAAGGGAAACCAAGCUAGCUGCUAAGGACUAUGAAUUAUAUUUAAGUAUGUAUUGUAUGAUGUGUACAUUUUUUAAAAAUACAUAUUAUUAUUGCAAAAUG